UGAGAUGCAUUUCCUCCUCCUCUUCUUCUGCUAGUUGAGUCGUUGCGAUCUCAAUCUAUCGGAACAGCACGACAAGAAGAAGAAGAAGAAGAAACUUGAUACACGCUACGCUGGCGGCUGAUUCUUCUCUUCUCCCGCCAGCCGAGCCGAGCCGGCGCUAAUAAGCAACCACCCAAACUUGCUCCUCUUCUUCCGCAAUUACUCACAGUAGGAGUAGGAGGAGGCUGUUCCAUCCCCCGCCCCGAUUGAUUGAAUAAUAUGAAGCCGUCGCCGGCCAACCUCGACGUCCGCGUCGAGCGCCCACCCCCGCCUCUUAGGCCGCCGUCGACCCUCGACACACACCCGGGUAGGCUGAGGCUGAAGGCGCGCCCCUACUACCGCCGAUGGACGCCAUGGCUCGUCGCCGCCAUCACCUUCACCUGCGUCCUCGUCUUCCUCAUCUCCAUGUACGUCAACGACUGCCCCCGCCGCAACUCCGCCGACUGCGCCGCCGGCUUCCUCGGCCGCUUCGCCUUCCAGCCGCUCCGAGAGAAUCCCCUCCUCGGCCCUUCCUCUGCCACGCUGCUGAAGAUGGGAGCUCUAGAUGUUACUAAGGUUGUCCAUGGUCACCAAGGCUGGCGUCUGAUUACAUGCAUGUGGCUUCAUGCUGGAGUCGUUCAUUUGCUCAUCAAUAUGCUAUGCCUUCUAUUUAUUGGUAUUCGACUUGAGCAGGAGUUUGGCUUUGUGAGGAUUGGUCUGGUUUAUCUCAUUUCUGGUCUUGGUGGUAGUUUGAUGUCCGCCCUCUUCAUCCAAUCAAGUAUUUCUGUUGGUGCCUCUGGUGCUUUGUUUGGAUUGAUCGGGUCCAUGCUUUCUGAACUCAUAACGAAUUGGUCGCUCUAUGCAAACAAGGUGGCAGCACUACUAACACUAGUGUUUGUAAUUGUGGUGAACUUAGCUCUUGGGUUACUUCCAAGGGUAGAUAACUUUGCUCACAUUGGGGGCCUUGUUUCCGGAUUCCUUCUUGGAUUUGUUUUGUUUAUUCGACCACAGUUUGCCUGGUUAAAUCAGAGAAGAGUAGUGCCUGGACAACAACCUGCUCCUGUGAAACGCAAGCACAAGACAUACCAAUAUAUACUGUGGUUAGCUGCUGCUAUUAUGCUAAUUGUUGGAUUUACAGUGGCUAUAGUGAUGCUUUUCCGAGGAUAUAACGCAAAUGACCACUGUUCUUGGUGUCACUAUCUCAGCUGUGUUCCUACGAAAAGAUGGAAAUGUAACUCGUCACCAACAUAUUGCACGGUAAUGCAAGAAGCAAAUACCUUAAACUUGACAUGUGAAGGCACAAACAUACACCGGAGCUACAUUAUAGCGGAUGCGACACAAGACAAGAUCAACCAACUCUGCAACCAGCUUUGCAGUUAGCAGAAUCUUGGUUGCCCUCCCUGAGUUGAUCUCCUUGUAAAAAAAAUUACUAGUAUACAUUUUCCAUUGUUUGUGUACAUGAAUAGAUACAUGUUUGACAGACAGAAAAUAUAAAAGAAUUUACUGUACCUAUGAAAAAAAGAAUACACGAGUAAAUCUAUGCAGUGCCAUUAAUAGAUAAUAUAAAAGCAUUUACUGUACCUAUGUGGAGAAAUGAAUACAGGAGUGAAUCCAUCCA